AUGCUAAACGCGGGAAGCCUGACAUCCAGAACAAUCCUCGUCUGCUACUGCCUACUGGCGUUGCACGUACAUCACUGCUAUUCAGCUGCUUAUACAGAUCCACUGGAUGAGAGAAGAUUACAAUCAGUAGAAAGAAAGCUAAGAGAAGAUUUCGAGCGAGAAUUAGCUGAACUUUUCAGGCCGGAAACUGAAAAAAGCGUCGAAAAGCGCCAGCUAGAGCUUAAAAGACAACUGGAACUCAAAAGGCAGCUAGAGUUGAAAAGGAGCGGCAAUAUAAAAUGCCUUUACACAGACCUUUGCUGA